CCGUCCAAUCAGCUGUCUCCAUUUCGUGUCUUAGAAUUUUGAAACUUAAAGCGGUUAAAUCUGCUUCAGCUCAGCUAGCUGCUAAUUUACUCUAAUCUAUUAAAAGUUCACUCUAUUAACUUUGUUUGUUUUUUAAAAUAUAUGUAACAUGGACGUGCCCAUCAAUAGGCAGAUGUACAACAACACCUGCGCUUACAGGAACGCGCUGGACCGGAUCGUAAACAAGUAUUCAAGGCUCGACGACGGAGGGAUAGAGGUGGACUUGGUGACAGACGACAUGAUGGUUGAACACUACAUGGAUGUGUCGAGAACAAACUUGAACGAACUGGAAUCAGAGAGCCUGCCAGAUUAUUCAUUAAGAGCGCAGGACAAUACAAGAGACCCCCGGCUGGACUUCUCCCAUCAAGACUAUGGAUCUAAUGAGAGCUGUAUUUCUAGUGUUGCGUCUACCGUGAUGUCUGUGGAAGAUGAUGGGGCGUCUCGGAGUGACGUGACUCAGCUGACCCUGAGCUCGUUGGACGAGAGUCAGAGAAACCUUUCUAUGAUGGCGCUCCAGCCCGAGGACGAAGACGAGGAGCUGGAGAUGACUCUGAGAAAUCACGGCAGCUCAUUGAUGGACCUCUACCCCAGCCUGAUCAGUCGAAUUGGGAGGGCCCAGCAUCUGCAGCACGUCUCCAACGCCGCUGACUCAGUGCUGAGGAGAUAUCGCAGAUUGCGACAGCAGCCGAACAGAAGCUACGUCAACAACACGUUCAUUGUCCCGCAAAGACAAAGCAAUACAAAAAAGAGGAGCAGCAAGAGCAACAGCCCCAUGAACAGGACUGAUGCUACCUCUUGGUCUCCCAAACGGGGCAUAAACAAUCAGCAGGAUUGGCAGUCUGCUGGGAGGGUGAGAAGAGAGCAGCACCAGCCUGUCCUCGUCAUGGACCUCUCUGGUUGCCCUGACACCUCUAAACCAAAAGAGCAGCCGAACAGAAGCUACGUCAACAACACGUUCAUUGUCCCGCGAAGAAAAAGCAAAACAAAAAAGAGGAGCAGCGAGAGCAACAGCCCCAUGAAGAUCCCGUUCAUGGGGACUGAUGCUACCUCUUGGUCUCCCAAACGGGGCAUGAACAAUCAGCAGGAUUGGCAAUCUGCUGGGAGGGUGAGAAGAGAGCAGCACCAGCCUGUCCUCAUCAUGGACCUCUCUGGUUGCCCUGACAUCUCUAAACCAAAAGCGAUCUCCCUGAAUGAGACCUUCGAUGUGUCCGAGCUGGUAGAACAACCCUCUACUUAUGCCGCCAGUCCUUCUCGAGCUUUCUAUCCCACCGCAAAAGCGCCCAUGGACCAGUCUCUGAGAUCUAAAAAGCGUUCUCUCGCUGCACGUUCACCGCAGACUGAUAGGUACUCCGUGUAUGAGUCACUAACCACUGCUGUUAAAGAGAGACCAGACAUCUACAGCUCCCCAGUCAGGCAGAGUCCCUUAAAAGCACGACUGAUGACCAGCCUCAGUAGAUCACCUGGUGCCUUUUCCCAAAGCCCCAAAGCACAUGCUGUGGAAAGCCUUUCCAGAGAACCUAUGAGGCCCAGAUCAAUGUCCACUUCCGACUCCUUUUCUCCGCAAAGGCCAACUGUCCUGGUGAGGAUGCUUCACCCUCAAGACUCCCGUCAUUCACCUCAGACAGCUAUAGCACCAGCAGGUCAUCACGGCCUGCGGCGGCACCUUUCCUUUGACUCCUCUCUGUCGUCGAGGCGUGUCGACGAGGACAUUGUAAAACUCUACCACAGGUUAGUCUGCCAGAACAAGUCAUCUUCCUUUCGCGGGCAGCCGUGCCGUAUCUGUGCCAGAAGCUCCGAGGCCAGCAGAGGCCACUCUUCGUCAUCUCUGGCCGCCCUCGCCUUGUCGCCUCACCGCUCCCUCCUGAGUAAACGCAACAGGGAGCUAGGCUGGGACAGCCACCACCAGUCCAAACGCUUCAGGGACGAGUACUGCGCAUCCUCACCCGGGUCCAAACGGCAUGGCAACGAGAUGCUGAGGCGCCGCCUCUCUACGUCUGAAUACGACAGCCUCCCCUAUAGCCCCAGUAAACACAGCAUGUUGCACAGAGUCGCCGGCCAGCAGCUCUCAGCAGAUCCACAUCAGGAGACCUGGAUGGAUCUGGGCUGCGACAUAUCAGGAGCAGAGUUCUCUGACCUGGGAGGUGCGUUCAAGAGCAAAAUGACCAACGGAUACUCCCCAAGAAAAUGUUGGUGAACACCGGCCUGCCCAAAGAAGUCUUCAACCGAGUGUCACUGUGGAAAACUAUUGUCAUGUAUGGUGGUGACAACAGGAGCUUUAUUUCUCAGCUGGUCCAGUGUGAGCUCAAGAGUUGUCUGGAUGUAUUCAUUUUAACCAUUCAUGUUCUUUGUGUUCAUUGUUCAGUCUUGUAUCUUAUCUAACUGAAUGUCUUACCUCUUGGUGCAUUAUCUAAAUUGAUACAGCUUCAUGUUCACUAUCAGAAUUAAAAAUUGCGUUAUGUGAAAAUGAACUUUCUGUAAAAAUAAAAAGGUGUUCCAUGCAGUUAUUGUUUAUUAUUUAACUCAAAUAUUCACGUCAUAUUUUAAAGUUAGGAAAAUACCCAGCAAGACUCCAAACAAAAAGAACACUGGUUAAUUUUAGACACAAAGACACAAAAAGAAAAAGUACACGUGAUGAGGAAAAUAAAGACUUUCACUUUUUUUGGUCACGAGCCUUGUGCGCUUUCCUGACACGGCGGAUCAGAUCUAAUGCUCGUCUGUUUGUUAAGGCUUGAAUUGUGAAAACUAGUUUUAAGAUAAAUGUACAGUGACCCUCAAAAACACCAAAA